AUGGCAGAUGAUGAUUUAAAAUUAGACUUAACAGGUAAAAAAAAGAAAUCGAAGAAGCCAAUCGUACUGGAUGAUGAUGCAUCAAAAACAGAUGAAAAUGUAGCUCCAGUCGCAGAUUCGGAAGAAUUGGUGUUGGGACCAAAAAAGAAGAAAAAAACGCCAAAAGUACCUGUUGUUGAUGAGGAGCGUCUUCUGGAAGAGGAAACUGUACCUGUGGCAGGUGUUGGUUUAUCAAAUCUUAUCGAUUCAAAAAAUCCAUGGCCUGAUUACACUUAUGAACAAUUGCUGGAACUAGUUUUUGGUAUAAUGCGUGAGCGAAAUCCGGAAUUGGCAGCUGGUGAAAAGAAAAAAUUCGUCAUGAAACCACCUCAGGUAGCUCGAGCUGGUAGCAAAAAGACAGCAUUUGCUAAUUUUGCUGAAAUUUGUCGAUUACUGAAACGACAACCGAAACAUGUACUGCAAUUCUUGUUAGCGGAAUUGGGUACAACGGGUUCAAUUGACGGCAAUAGCUGUUUGAUUGUUAAAGGACGCUUCCAACAAAAACAUAUUGAAAGUGUUUUGCGAAAAUACAUUAAAGAAUAUGUUACGUGUCAUACGUGUAGGUCUUCUGAGACAGAAUUGACGAAAGAUACACGUUUGUUUUUCUUAGAAUGUAAGACGUGUGGUAGUCGAUGUUCCGUCACUGCUAUCAAGAGUGGUUUUACCGCUAUGCUUCUAACAAAUGAGAUGGAGCAAUUGAAGAUAUCGGACUGGAAUAGUUUGGAAGGUUUAAAAAAACAAAUUUGUUCAAACUGUGGUCGAAAACGAAUGUAUUUUUGUUACAAUUGCAAAGUUUACAUGCCUGAUGUGGAGCAGUUGGUCCCGCGACUAGAGCUGCCAAUUCAUAUUGAUAUUAUCAAACAUCCACAGGAAAAGAAUAGUAAAAGUACCGCAUUGCACUGUGUUCUUCUUGCGCCAUCUUCCACUACACUGUAUGAGUCAUCAAAUGUUCCUGAUUACAACUCUUCGAACUAUGAACAAGAAAAUACGGUGUUGGUAGUUUAUUCCGAAAAUGCUUCUUCUGUAGAUGAUUUUGUGAAGAAACGAGGUCCUAUCGGGCGUUUUGUGUUCCUCGACUCAACAUGGUUUCAGAUUGGGCGAUUGAAGCUAUUACCACAGUUACAGCUUCUUCCUAUUGUGACAUUGCGAUCGUACAAAACGAAAUAUUGGCGACCUCAGCGGGGAUUGACGGAUUAUCAUCUUGCUACAAUUGAAGCAAUCUAUUGUGCACUUAGGGAAGCUUUUGAAGCAUCAUCUACUAUAAGAUAUGAUGGUUGUUUUGAUAAUCUUUUAUUCUGGUUUUUUAUUUUUCGUUCAAAAGUUAAUGAAGGCCUUUUGAAAAGGGAAGAAUGA